GACGGAGACAUUCACAAUGAAUUUUAUGACUCAUCUACUUUUUCACAAGGUCUCUCUCCCUUCUCUCUCUCUCAGGAGAGGACACAGCAUGACAACUUGCCGACUUGUACUCGCCGCUGUGACGAUAAGGAGGGAAUUGCAGAUGCUGUCGAGUGUUAAGAGCAGAGGAGGACUCGCGGAGGAUCCUCGGUGUCGGAGGCGCUGAUCCACUUUGCACUUCACUUUGUUGCCAUCUAAGCGCAGAGUUGGGAAAGAGGAUUCCCGCGGCUGUGGGCAUUUCCGCACCUGAAGUGUCCCCUUACCUUCCCCGGCUCACGUCUCUGCGGGAAGACCGAAGGAAACGCACUUGACACGCUCGAAGAGCUUUGUCCGAGGCGAGACCAAGCUCCUACACGCAGCGGUGCGAGGGACAUCAACACGCCGACAAGUGGGAACACUGGCCGCACCAACCAUGGAGGUCUCUACGACUUCGAGGAAACUCACUUUGCUCUCCUUUACCUUGGUGUGGGGGCUCUCAGGCAUAUUAGCCCAGAUCCAGAUGCCCCAAACCAGUAUGGAUGUGAUCAAGGGUCAGAUGGUGGUGCUGAAGGCCUCGUACAGCCCGGGGCCAGGAAGUGACUUGACCACCAACACUAUUUUGUGGAACUUUGUCACUAACAACACCCAGCUGAUCAUCUCCUACACCAAAGGUUCCAUGAGCGUGGGAAGCUCCCAGUUUAAGGGCCGCGUUGGGUUCACCAAUAAAAUGCCCUCACGGAACGUGUCACUGUACAUCAACAACACCCAGGAGUCUGACUCAGGUCGUUACCUCUGCCAGGUCAUCAUCCCUGAUAACCCCGGCCUCACUGCUGAGCUCAGUCUGGAUGUGAAGGUCCCGCCUGCUGUUCCUAAGUGCUCUCUAUCAGGGAAGCCAGUGCUGAAAGGAAAUGUGACUCUGAGCUGCAAGUCCAGCUCUGGGAAGCCCCUUCCUCUGUACAAGUGGAGGAAAACCAGUCCCACCUCCGAGGUCUUCUUUUCGCCCAUGCUCAAUGAAAAGACUGGGACGCUGAAGCUGAGCAACCUGAGCAGCAACAUGUCAGGGAAGUACGUGUGCACAGCCAGCAACUCAGCUGGCUCAGAGAGCUGCUUCAUCAACCUGGAGAUCGUCACCUCCACCAAUGUGGGUAUGAUUGUUGGAGCCACUGUGGGCUCAGUGAUCGGCUUCAUCUUCCUCCUCUUCAUUUGCCUCGUUUUCCUGGUGAAGAGGCAACGAGACAGUGAGGACGACAUGGCCAAUGAAAUCAAGGAGGACGCUCAGGCUCCCAAGCGUGUUUCCUGGGCUAAGAGUGGCAUGGGUUCAGACAUCAUCUCCAAGAAUGGCACCCUGUCAUCCAUCGCCUCCAGCCCGCACCACAGAGAGCCCUCCAACCACCACAACAACCACCACCACCUGCAGCAGUAUCCCCAGCGUCCACCCUCCGACACCGCCUCCAUCAUCACCACCACUGGCAGCAUGGCCGGCUACCGACCAUCCCGCCAUCAUGGCGCCUCCACCCCCACCCACUACAAUUACAACAACAACACCACCCUGCCACGCGAACAGCCAGUCUCCUCUGAGGCCAACACCAAUGGGAGCUCCCUACCCAGACCAGAGCGCUACACCCAGCUGCCCCACGCCCAGGUGCCGCCGCAGACCUACAGCCAGCCUCAGCUGCCGCUCCAAGCCACUCCCUCCCCGCCACCGUUGCCCUCCUCCGGUGUGACCACCUCUAACAUCGCCCGUAUGGGAGGGGUGCCCAUUAUGGUCCCUGCACAGAACCAGGCCGGAUCGCUGGUCUAAAGCCAGCCAGCGUUGGCAAAACAGUGCUGUUGACAUAAAAACAGUGGAAUUCUGACCCUCUACACUGUCCGAAAGGGUCAACUGCUGAUUUUUUUUAAAGGGAACGCUUUAACUACUAUUUAGCAAAGAAUUACAGUAGAUGAAAAUGUCACCUAUGCUCUUGCGCCAAGAAGCUUUCAUGGCAAGACUUUCAGACAGACUGUUUACUUGCUUUCAGUAUAAUUAAAUCUUUUAUAUUCUGUAUGCACUGUAUACAUUGCUACCUGUGUAUUGACAUGAUUUACAUACAUUUGUCCAGUAUCUUCUUUUUUAAUGUAUCGGUGCAUUUCUAAUGUUUUUUUUUUUUUUCUGAUUUAUUUUGUCAUUUAAAUGUCGUAAUUUCUUCCAGAAAUCUUGUUUUUUCCUCCUGCCAUACUAAUGACACUGAGUGAACAGCAAGUGAAUCAUCAGUGGGCGAGUCUCACAGAUGAAUAUACAAAUGAAAUAAGAGGAGGGUGACGCAGGUCUGCUGUGCUUUGUCCUCUCUACUUCCAAAGCUACCUAAAGGAGAACUCAUCAAGACCAAAAUAGGGGUAUGCACAUCAGUACUGUUCAGAGGAGAAUGUUGCUCAAAGGGAAGUUAGUGAAGUUGGAGGUAAUGUAUGAAGAUCUUUGUUUUAAUGAGUAUACAGUAUUUCUGCAGCAGACUUAUGGAAAGAAAGAUAAGACAAUAUUAUACAUAUCAUGAAAAAGUUCGGCAUUGCAAAAUAUCCUAAUCCUUUUUUGGCUUCAUUUCUGUCGGUGGUUCAGCUUAUAAAAUGCUCUUUGACUCAGUUCUUCAAACACAGAUUAGCAAAAGCUUCUUAUAAUAUUGAGCACUAUUCAGAACUGCAGUAUGAUGACUUGGCUAAUACACAAGUCCACACUUGGGUUGUAAUAAUUUAAAGUUGCCUGCAGCAUUGAAAUUGUAAAUAUGAUAUUUAUUUUCUGUUAAAUGUGUAACAGACAGCAGAGCAUAUUGUUGCCCACAGCUUGUAUGGAACACAUAAUAGUAGAGGCAAUGUGCCUGCAACACUGGAUACUGAACCAAAGACAUACAGUAUGUAUCACUUCAUUAUGUCAACAUACUCUCUUUAUGUGUUGUAGUUUGUUUUAGAGGGGAAGGUCAGUAGGGAAAGAAACUGUUGAAUCAACAUGACAUGAUCCACGGCCAUAACGUACAGGCUUUAGGUUUUUUAGAUAAACCUUCUUUCCACUUUGAUGGACGACAAAAAAGCUGAUAUGAGUUUCUCCGUGUUAAGAAGACUAAUGUGAAGGUGCCUAUUGAGUGAUCUUCUACCAUCUCCUACCAUGAGAGGACGGGGAGAUACAAUAUUCCUCCUUCAAGUUGGGGCAGUAAAGUCGAAAAGCUUGUUAGCGAUGUCACCUUAGUUUUUACAUUUAGAUGAUCUUUAUUGCAGAGUCACCAUGUAUCAAAAUGGCUACAGAUUGAACAUAUUUACACUGAGGGUUUCCAGAGCAUAACAUAAUUGUGGUAUCCAAUCAAUUUUCCUAUACAACUUGGGCAUUGAAAUCUGAGUAUUAUAUUUAAUUGUGGCUUCUUUUCCUUUUUUUUCUUUUUAUUGUGGCCACUUUCAAGUCACACAAAUCCCAAUUUAAAUAUAUUUUGGAGCUGAAAAGAAAUAUAAAAACCAAAUAUGUCUAUUAUGAUAGUGAUCUACAUUCACCAUCUAUUCUACUUUAUUGUCAUUACACUGGAGCAUAUGUUUGUUUUGCUUUUUUUAGCGUGCACGGCAUUGGUAAAACGUGGUUACAACAACCGUCUUGAAAGGAAUCAUGUGAAACUCAGUGAUGGCAUUUCCUUUACAGACUCGUUCUGAUUAUUUGACACAUGCUCAGCAAGACAGUGACAGCAAAAGGUAGUUGUAUCUCGAAGCUAUGAUGGUUUUGUGUUGUUUUGAAUACAUUAGAGCAAAAGGGAAAGAUUUCAUGUGGGGACUCGAAAGUGUUGAGGAAAUCAUUUUGAUGAGUCUUUACAGCCACAGUUAAUAGACUCACUUUUACCUUGUGAAUGGGUCAUUGAAAAAGUGUACAUUAAAAAUAUGAAACUGUAUUCAAGACAAACCUUUAUUUUUAUACAGUAAUGUAUAAGAGCACAUGAGCAGAGUUUAGAAAUAGUAAAUGUUGAUAAUUUUAUGAGCUAAAGUAAUGCCCACCUUCAGUGAGUUAUGACCCAUGAUGGAUUGUAAAACUCCUGUGGUCAAACUUGCGGCAGAAAUGUGCUUAUUUAUACAGCAGGCCUAAACUUUGGACAUUAAUAUGGAGUCUGCGCCUGCAUACUCCAUAUUAAUGUCCAUGGAAAACGCUUCGUAUAAUAUUUUCAAAUAAAUUCCAAAUGAUAAAGUGUGUGUGUGUUUGUGUGUGUUUUCAAAACAUUCCCAAAAUUUCCAUUUAUUCUGAUUGUCAGACCCACAGCUUGGAGGUGCACUGACUCGUUUCCAAAGCAGUUUCUCAUUUAAGACCUUUUUUUCUAGAGAAAGUCUUUAUGCAGAUAAAAGAAGCCAGACGAUGAUUCGUAUUAGAAGUGAGUUGAAUGACCUGUGGAGUGUAUAAUCAGUGUGUCUGUUGAUCAGAAAUCAAACUCCAGUCUUGCCAUCGUCUGCCACUCCAAUGGACAUAAUGAGCCAAUGCAGGAUGGAAACAAAAUUCCCAUUCAUAUUCCCUGUAACAUU